AGUAGCAGUUUAGCAAACGCCUUCCCAGGCGCACAGUUGGGACGGGAUCACCGCUGAGCUGUUGUCUGCACAGAUACAAGCGAGAUGUCUUACAGAUCUGCUCCACAGUCUUCUUACAGGAAGAUGUUUGGCGGGGACAGAGUCGUAUCCAGGAGCAGCUACUCCAGCCGCCAGUUCUCCAGCUCGGUGCGCUCCCCUCGGGUGUCCUACGGUCUCUCCUCCGCCCCGACCAUCUACGCAGCGAAGACCCAGAGGCUCCGGAGCAGCGCAGCCAUGCCCCGGCUGGCCUCAGAGAACUUGGACUUCUCCCUGUCCGACGCCAUAAACACCGAGUUCAUCACGAACCGCACCAACGAGAAGGUGCAGAUGCAGUCGCUCAACGACCGUUUCGCCAGUUACAUCGAGAAGGUCCGCUUCUUAGAGCAGCAGAAUAAGAUCCUGUUGGCGGAGCUGGAGCAGCUGCGGGGCAAAGGCACGUCCCGGGUCGGAGAUCUGUACGAGGACGAGAUGCGGGAGCUGAGGCGCCAGGUGGACCAGCUCACCAACGAGAAGGCCCGGGUGGAAGUUCACCGGGAUAACCUGGCAGACGACAUCGACAGGCUGAGGGAGAAGUUGCAGGAUGAGAUAGCCCAGCGGGAGGAUGCUGAGAGCAACAUGCAGAGCUUCAGACAGGAUGUGGACAAUGCUGCCCUCGCCAGACUGGACCUGGAGCGAAAGGUGGAGUCACUCCAGGAUGAAAUCAACUUCCUCAAGAAGCUGCAUGAUGAGGAAAUGCUGGAGCUGCAGAACCAGAUCCAUCAGCAGCAGCAUGUGCAGGUGGACAUGGAGAUAGCUAAACCUGACCUGACGGCCGCUCUGAGGGACGUCCGUCUGCAGUAUGAAAACCUGGCCUCCAAAAACAUCCAGGAGUCUGAGGAAUGGUACAAAUCCAAGUUUGCUGACCUCACCGAAGCUGCAGCCAGGAAUAACGAGGCCUUGAGAGUGGUCAAACAAGAGGCCAAUGACUACAGGCGCCAGGUUCAGGCACUUACCUGUGAGGUGGAUGCCCUUAAAGGAACCAAUGAGUCCAUGGAGCGCCAGAUGAGAGAGAUGGAGGAGAACUUCUCUCUGGAGACGAGCGGUCACCAGGACACCAUCGGACGUCUGGAGGAGGACAUUCACAACAUGAAGGACGAGAUGGCCCGUCACCUUCGUGAGUACCAGGACCUCCUAAAUGUCAAGAUGGCCCUGGACAUUGAGAUUGCCACCUACAGGAAGCUGCUGGAAGGAGAGGAGAGCAGAAUCACUACUCCACUGCCGAGCUUCUCGUCUCUAAACCUGAGAGAAACAAUGGUUGAUUCCAAACCUCAUAUUGAAACCACAACAACCAAGAAGGUUCUCAUCAAGACCAUCGAGACUCGGGAUGGUCAGGUGAUCAACGAGUCGACCCAGAACCACGACGACAUGGAGUAAAAAUUUAGUCUUUGUCUUUCCCAAACAAUCAACAAAAGCAAUAUAAAGAAACACGACUCACUGGGGCUACAAGCAAGCGAAUGAACCAACAACACACAAAAAGAAAACAGCUUCUAAAAGUGCCUUUAUGUGUGAUGAUCCAGUAAGCCUGUUAGCUGACACAAACUGCUUUGCUUCUUCUCCUCUGCUGAAAGUAUCAUCUUUUGUCACAUUUGUUUAGACACAAUAAUGAGCUCAGCACAACUUAGAAAUCCUUAACAAAAGUCUGCAAUUCUUUUCUUUGUAACCAAAGUAGUAUUUUUGAUGCACACUCCAGGAAGCAUUUAUGCUAAAGAUGUCACAAUUGCCUGUACGCAGCAAUAAACCAUUAAGAUGGUAACUCAA